CUCUCCCGGUGACCCGGGGCGGGCGGGGGCUCAGCCCAGCCUCUCUCCCUCCCUCCCGGGCGGCCGGCGGGGCUGUGCCGGGGGCGGGGAGGCGCAGGGGGCCAGGCUGCAGAGCUGUUUUCCCUGGCGGCGGGAGCGCAGCUGCCGCUGCUCCUCGGCGGCCCCGGGAUGCCGUUCCGAUCGGGCUCUGCCCGGGCGCGGCAGCGCAGCGUCCUGCUGGUGGGGAGCGCCGUGCUGCUGGCUGCCCUCGUCCUGGCCGUCGUGCUGGCCUCCCUCCUGACGCACGAGAAGCAAGAGUUGGGUCCCAAAAUGAUGAAGUGGAAGGACAGAGGGACCACUAAGAACCUGCAAGAGGUUAUCCUGGGAAGAUGCUACAGCUACGUGAUGGCGCGGUACCCUGAGCUGGGAGAUAAGGAUUGCCUAAAAAUAUGGGAAUCAUUAAAACACGCGUUCAUUUACAAGAAUCCCUGUAAUAUUACAUCAGAGGAUUAUGAGCCUUUAAUGGAGUUGGCAACUCAUCCUAUACCCUGUAACAAGUCACUGCUUUGGAGCAAGACAAGUGACCUUGUUCAUCGUUAUACAAAAUCCAAUCAAAAUUUCCUUACCUUGGAGGACACCUUGUUGGGUUAUAUGGCUGAUAGGGUUUCAUGGUGUGGAGACCCCUCUGACCCAGGAAUCAACUAUGAGUCUUGUCCAAAACGAAGUGAAUGUGAGAGCAACCCUAGCUCUGUAUUUUGGAAAAUGGCAUCUAAGCUGUUUGCAGAAGCAGCCUGUGGUGUGGUUCAAGUGAUGCUCAAUGGGUCAGUAGAAGCUGGAGCUUUCAGAAGCAGCAGCAUCUUUGGAAGUAUUGAGAUCUUUAACCUAAAUCCAGAUAAAGUCUCUGAAGUGCACAUCUGGCUUAUGCAUGACAUUGGUGGACCUCAAAGUGAAUCCUGCUCAGGUCAUUCCAUAAAGAGGUUAAAAAGCAUCUUAGAAGAGCGAAACUUUAAGAUCACCUGUGUGGACAAUUACAGGCCAGUUCAGCUCCUUCAGUGUGUGCAUAACCCUGACCACACAGACUGCAGACUUUGCACCAACACCACGGCAACCCCAUGAAGCAGAGUCCUCUGCACUACUGAAGACUCUCAUUAUUUGUGUGUAAAGCUGGAAAAGAUGUCGCUACAUAGCUUAGGGUGAUAAGUAGUAGCGUGGUGUGUACAGAGUCCGCAACCAGAAAUCCUUGCUGUGAUACUAACACAGCCCAAUAGCAGGAGACGAUACUUUAACUGUGAUUACUGUACACACACACAAACAAACAUACUAUUUCAGAGGGGUGGUGGGCAUGUUCAGUGGCCAAGGGCAGACGCCUUGCCCUGGUUUGCUCCCUCCUGUGCCGCUCCCCUGGCGCCCAGAGGUGCUGAGCAGGGCCCUGGAGUGUGCACAGAGAGGAAAGAGACUUCCCAGCAGAGGCAGAACUUUGGUGGAUCAGCACUCAGCUUCCUCCCUGCUGGAAGUCUGGAUGGGAAAUGACUGGAGCAUGCCACACUGUCCCUGCGUCCCAAUGCAACAUCCCCCAGAGGGGAACAUUGCCCAGUGGCACAUGGUAUAAACCAUGUUUUUCCCAGGGACUGUGGCACCUCUGAGCAGGUAAAGCAAGUGAGGGAAGAGGCAGAGCGGUUCUUACCUUUUAAUGGGCAUUACAGUAAGUGGAAGUGGGUGGUAGAGAAAUGGCUGAGCUGAGCCAAGAAAAGACCAGAAACCGCUCAGAGCGUUGCCAGCAUCUGUAGAACAGGUUGAGUGUGUAGCUAGGGAGAAAAAACAGCAAGAGUGACUCAGGCAACCCCAAUAAAAUCCUACUGGAAACACCACUGCAGUUCAGAUUACAUUUCAUUCUUAAUAUAGCAGUAAGGAUAAGCCUUCCAACUCUCGUAAAAGGUCCCUGAGGCCACAGCUUGGGCACCCACUGAAAUAGAGGCAAACAUCAAAAGGUUGCCACAAUGAGGAUUCUCUCUUGACCUCUAUUUCUGAGGUGAAAGGUGAUGCCUUGUGGUGUAUAAUUCACAGGCAUGGACAUGCUGUAGCACACUGAAACUGCAGGUUUCAUUGAUUUCCACUUUGCCAGUCUCUCAUGCCUAUUCAAGUGCAGUGUUUAUAACAAAAUAAAGACUAGAGGCCAGCCUGUGGCCUCGGCUCUAGUGCCUUUGUGCAGUGCCAUUGGCACUAAGUGAACAGAACAGGCUUUACUACAGAUAUACUCCUAAGUGUUGCAGUGUCAUUGUAACCAGAAAUUGCCAAUCCCUUAGGCAGACUGAGGUUUCCAUGAUCCCAGAGGCAGAAGGUUUUAAUACUAUAUGUCUUAGUGACUACCCAGAAGGUGAAGCAUCCUUAUGGAACUGUGCAAGCUGCUGUGAUUUUGAGCAUCUCUAGAUAAACCUUUGCUUUGUAAUACACAGUCCUGCACUGAGCAUAGCUGGACCAAACCCAUGACCUCACCCAUAAUGUUUACAUUAAGUGAAAUGUAUUUUUAUUUGCACUCUGUUAUGUAACUGCCUAGAUGCAUCAAUGCAGACAUAUACCAAUACUUUCAAAAAGAUUAUUUCUGACUAUCGGUCAAGCGUUCUUCUUUGUGCUCACUUUUGUACCUCUUUUAUUGUAAUACAAAACGUUGACUGCAAAACAGAUCUAUAAUAAAAUUGCUGAUGGUGAACAUUAAUUCAGUUUCACAUUCUACUUAAUCUUAAACUGAAUGUGAAAAUAAGCCACUUCCUAAAAAUAACUCAGAAAUUCAUUCAACAUAUGGAAGUCCACAUAUUCCCACUCAGGAAGCAGAGGAAGGUCACAGUGCGUGUUCUCCUCUAACUGUACUCUCGCUACCUCACUCUCCAUCUUGUACAGAGCAGUCGUCUUUGUAGGUGGAUGGAAGUGAAACAUCCUGUUCCUUUUCAACACAGACAUCCAAAUAUAUAUGUUGUUCUCAGCCAUAUGAGUUAAGAAAGAUGACCGUUCUUAUCAGUGGUUACGUAGUAAAAUGUUAAGAGGCAAAUCUGUGUUUUUGAAAGCUGAGAUGCACAAGUAAUACAGACAACUGUGCUGGAGUAAAUGACAGCUUUGUAACAGGUGGUCUUUCUUUUAAAAGUAUAUAAAAAUGACACAACUUCACAGGAAACUUGGCAAUAAAACACAAUUAACAAUGGCA